AUGAACGCAAAGACACUAGCCUUGUUCUGUCUCCUCUUCUACGUUGGGACUUCCUUCAGCGAAGCUCAAUCGACGGACCAAUGCGACAGAUGCGAAUACUCCUACAAGAAGGCUGUUGAAGAUGACACUUUCGAGAUUAGAGAAGUUGACCAGCGAGACGGGACCUGCACCAAUGGAUCAACUCUCUUGAUCCCAGAACCAGCUCACUGCUGUGAUGACUCCAAGAUGUGCAAGAGCGGCCACGGAAGUGAUUGCCGUCACAAUUAUCUCUACGAAAACGGCCUAAUUCGCUGCGACUAUUUCCUCCCCAAUUUCUGCCCUGACCAGCACUGCUGCGGCUGCUGCCUGAACUGUAACGUCAAUGUAUGUUCCGACUGUUUUCACGAAGAAGGGUCUACGUGUAGGAAACAAUGCCAGUGGAACGAGUACUCGACCUCAGUCCGGUGUCACAGUCCUUAUUGUCAGUGUUGCAGAAAGUGCGAAAUAGAAAGGUCUUGCAAAAUAGUCGGGGGAUACUGCGUGGGUCAUCCUCAAUUCUGCAACAGAAGGGGUUUUUAUCCCACGAAAGGUGGCUGUUCUGGGGAUUGCUGCUACUGUUGCCGCCCGAUUCCAGGUUAUACAGGAGGCAUAGACAAAACAACUUAAAUGGAUCACCGGAAUGAAUGAAUAGUA